CCUCAGUUCCUCGAAGCCUCCGUCCACUUCCUCUCUAAUCCUCUCCGCAACUUCUUCCUUCUCAGGCGUCGUUCUUCUGGACUGUUGUGGUUCUAUGGGUAAAGGGCGUGUUCGUGGCAUGAAGUUAGGACCGACCUCCACUAUUGUGUUCAAAUCUACACCACGCCAAUUUACUGAGUUUGAGAUUCAUGAUGAAGGCAAUUUGGAAGAUUACCAAAAUGUAGAUGCUAGACUUUCAAUAUUAGAGUUGAAAAUGGCCAAUAUGAUUUCAAUCUUGGAACAAAACGGUUUCAUGCAAUCCAAUAAUCCGACUGCUAAUACAAAUGGAGAUUUGCCAUACUGUAUAUACAAAAAUCCUGGACGUGUUUGUAGCAUGAGAUUACAACCAGCUUCGACUCAAGUUUUCAGAUCUAUCUCACAUCGGAAUAUUCGCAAUGAGGCCCGUAUGGAUCAAAAUGUAGAUACUAGACUUUCAAUACUAGAGACUCAAAUGACCAAGGUAGUCUCGAUCUUGCGACGAAACGGUCUCAUGCAAGGCAACAUAUGAGCAGGGAUCAACCACAAAAGUUUCAAGACAGGUACAAACUCUUUUUAUGUUUUAUUGUCUUAUUCUUCUUUCUAAGUAUGAUUAACCAUUAUUAUCAUGAUUGCUUAUUAUCAGGAAUGGGGAGUUAAAACACACAAAUGAUGCUCACAUGUUCAUGAAGUCAACUCAGCAUCAUCUUUCAUGAUAUUUUAGUCUUAUGUAAGGGUGAAAACAAUUUGAGUUCCUAACUUUAGGGUUAAAUAUUGGUAUUUUGUUUAGUUUAUUUUCUUUUUGGGAUGACAUCAUGUAUUAGAGUAUCGUCUAUUUUCAACCAUUUUUUGUGUUGAAACUAUCUCAUAGAUGGUAGUAUUAGGAGAAGGUAUUCUUUAGAAAUGACCUUUAAAAUUGGCGACAUGACUUCAAAAUCAUAUAUUAAAAAGAAAACUCUUAUUUUAUUGUUUCUUGAAAAUAUGGGUUCAUGUCCAUCAUACUUUAACAUUUUUUCCGCAAUGUAAAUGACAACUGUUGUCACUUAGGAGGUGUUUGGUGGUUCCUAAUGGAAUUGGGGUUUGUAAUACAAAACUAUUUGUUCUAAUAAUUUUCAAUCCAACCUUCCAUUUC